GGCUAGGGUUUCUUCGUCCCACACACACCCCCUCUCCCCCAACCUGCUCCGUCCCCAUCCCCUCGCCGCCGCCGCCGCCGCCGCCGUCUGAGCCCUAGACUCGCGCGAAUCCUCCCCGGGCCGAGCGAUGGCGAUGCAGAAGUCCGGCGGGAGAGACUGGUAGCGAGUAGGGCAGUUCCCCGGUCACCCCACACACAAAUCCCGGCGAGCGAGCGCAGAGUGACCUGACUUUUUCUGCCAUCCAUGGCGACCGUGAACCCCUUCGACCUCCUCGGCGACGACGAGGGCGACGACCCCACGCAGCUCCUGGCCAAGGCGGCCGCCCUGGCGCAGAAGGCCGAGGCCAAGAAGGCCGCCGCGCCGCCCGCCGCCGGCAAGGGCGGCGCGCGGACGGUCGCCAAUCUGCCCACCAAGCCGCCUCCGCCUGGUCAGGCUGCCAAUGAGUCUCGUGGUGGUGGUCCACUCUCCCGUGGAGGAUAUGGUCGCGGUGAACGUGGCUCAGGCAGAGGUGGCCGAGGAGGGUACGGUCAGAAUCGCGACUACGCCAGUGAAGACACAAAUGGCUACAGGGGAGGUUAUGGUGCCAGAACUGGAGGUGAGGAAGGCGCCCAGGAUAGAGAGAGGGCCCCUCGGCAACCCUACCAGGGGGGAGGCCGUCGUGGUGGGUAUCGUGAAGGCGAGUUUGGUGAUGAUUCUGAGAGGCCACCUCGAAGGAACUAUGAGCGCCAAAGCGGCACAGGCCGUGGGUAUGAGAUAAAACGCGAGGGUGCUGGCCGUGGGAACUGGGGAACUACCUCUGAUGAAAUUGUUGCCCAGGAAACUGAGGCCCUGAAGCAGGAUGAGAAGGCCCCUGCACCUGAGAAGCAGGGCGCACCAGAGGAUGCACCACAGGCAGAUGAGAACAAGGCCACCAAAGAUGGCGCUGCAGUUGUGGAAGAAGAAAAGGAAGAGGAUAAUGAGAUGACUCUUGAUGAAUUUGAGAAAGUAAUGGAGGAGAAGAGGAAAGCACUUGCUGCUUUGAAGAAGUCUGAAGAGAGGAAGGUUGAAAUUGAUAAGGAUCUGCAGGCUAUGCAACUACUUUCCACCAAGAAAGGAAAUGAUGAAGUUUUCAUCAAACUGGGUGCUGAUAAGGAGGCUUUGAAGAAGAAAGAGAAUGCUGAACGUGAAGAGCGUGCUAAGAAGUCUGUGAGCAUCAACGAGUUCCUGAAGCCUGCUGAAGGAGAAAGGUUCUAUGGCGGCCGUGGCCGUGGCGGCAGGGGCCGUGGAGACCGCGGAGGCUUCAGAGGCGGAUUUGGUGGUGGGGGUUAUCACGGCCCACCGCCCGCACCGGCAAUUCAGGACCAGAACCAGUUCCCAACCCUCGGUGGGAAGUGAGAUUGCUGUACCAUCUCAAGUGCCACCUUUACCAAUAUCAUCGACGCUGUCAAGUUUAGAUUUUCCUAUCACCAUAUAUUUCUGCACGGAUCCUAUAUUGAAACAAAUAACUCUGCUGCAUGUGGACCAUUCAUCCCUGUGUCUGUCAUGACUUUGUAAAUCCGAUGGUUGUCGCUUAUCAGAAUUUUGUAGGCUAUGAACUGCUCCUUCCUUUGUCCGUCA